ACACACCUGAACCUGGAAUAAUGGCUGAGCGGGCGACAAAGAGGAGGAGACUGAGCCCGGAAGGCGACCGCAACGAGACUCCGGGCUUCGCCAAUUACGACCUCGAACAGGACUAUGCAGAGCGGCUUGCGAAGAGGAAGCAGAAGGACAAGAAGCGCGACAAGCUGCUGGUCAAGACGCAGGAUGGGCGAGUAGUGGAAAAUCCUCGCGUGGAAGAACAGCAAGAGGACGUGAGCGACGAUGAUAGCUUCAUGGCCAGCGAUGAUGGGGACAGCGGAGUUGUUGCUGAUGUACAGCCCGCAAAGGCCCCAAAGAAGCCUGCAUUACCAGUCAAAGAACAGAUUCGUCUGGCCAAGGAGGAGCUCGCAAAAACUGCUCAAGCUAUCAGCGAAGACCCAGAAGAACAUAUUGGGCAAUUGGGCGCAUUGGCAGAGCUCGCACAGUCGGACAACAUCAAGAUCAAGAAGCUGGCCCUGGCAACACAAUUGGCCGUUUUCAAGGACAUUAUUCCUGGUUACAGAAUUAGACCAAUGUCAGAAAAGGAUCUCAUGGGCAAGCUCUCCAAAGAUGUGAAGAAGCUGCGGUCGUUCGAGCAAGGGCUGCUCAGUGGUUAUAAGAACUACAUCUCCACAUUACAACAUUUGGCGACUGGCAAGACGAGCAAGACUGUCAGCCAACAAGAUGCGCAGGGUCUCGCGACAGUGGCCAUAUCUUGCGCUUGCACUCUUCUUACCAGCGUGCCACAUUUCAACAACCGCGGUGAUCUCAUCGGAAUCCUGGUGAAGAAGCUUGCUGGUCGAAAUGUCACUUCGGAUUUUGUCAAAUGUCGAGAGGCAAUAGAACAGCUGUUCCGCGACGAUGAGGAAGGGCAUGCAUCGCUGGACGUGGUAUCACAACUGACCACGAUGAUGAAGAAACGGGAUUAUUCAAUACACGAGACCGUCCUUAGCACUUUUCUGCACCUACGCCUGCUGAACGAGUUCUCGCAAAAAGGGGCGCCGAACAGGAUUGACAAGCGUGAAGACGAAGGCCCCAAACCAAAAUUUAAGAAAGAGUUUAGAACGAAACGAGAACGGAAGAUCAUGAAGGAGAGGAAACAGGUUGAGAAAGAGAUGAAGGAAGCAGACGCGACAGUUUCCUAUGAAGAAAAGGACAAGAACCAAGCUGAGACGCUCAAGCUGGUCUUUAUCGCAUACUUCCGCAUCCUGAAAGAGAGGAUUCAACACCUGAUGGGCGUCGUCCUCGAAGGUCUCGCCAAGUACGCCCAUCUCAUCAACCAGGACUUCUUCGGAGACGUGCUCGAAGCUCUCAAGGACCUAAUCAAUGACGCCGAAGCCGCACUUCAACCAUCCGAGGACGACGCAGCCGAAGACGAAGACGACAUUGAUGACACGGAAAGACGAAAUGCCACGCGCGAGAGCCUCCUCUGCAUCAUCACCGCUUUCGCCCUCCUCCAAGGCCAAAUUGAUGUCGUCAAAUCCGCCAAUUCCCUGUCUCUCGACCUCUCAUUUUUCAUCCGACAACUGUACCGCACUCUCAUUCCACUAUCCAUGGACCUCGACAUCGAACUCUCGGCCAAAAAGGCCCACUUGAGCGACCCCAACGGACUCCACGUGCCCACGACCUCCUCAACCGACACCAAAAUCAACGUAUCUACAACAGCCGUUCUCCUCCUGCGUUCACUUCAAAGUGUCCUCGUCCCACCCAUCAACACAAAAAAUGUCCCACCGGUGCGCGUGGCAGCUUUCGUGAAGCAACUUGAGAUGCUGUCCUUGCAUCUACCCCAGAAGAGCGCGAUAGCAGUCCAAGAGCUCCUAAAAAGUGUGUCCAAAACACAUGGCAAGAAAAUUGCUGCGCUGUGGUAUACCGAGGAGAGGAAAGGCGACGGAGUCUUUGAUGCUUUGGGUCAGGAAGUGGAAAGCAGUAAUCCCUUUGCGAGCACGGUGUGGGAAGGAGAACUGCUACGGCAUCAUUUUGAUCCCAAGGUGAGAGAGGCUGUGAAGGUGAUUGAGACGAAUGUGAAAGAGGCGCGAUCAUAGUUGGAUAGAUACGAAUAGUAGGCUAUCUGUGCCGAUUUUCGCAGGCUGUGCUGCAUUACUGUUUGGACGGAGUUGUUGCGACCAUUCCUCGUGUCGGUAACAGCAUGCUUGAAUGGAAACCUCUGAGACCUUCGCGGUAUGGGAAAUGCUACAAUGUACCUUCUAGGAAGUACCUGCAGCUACUCGUUCA